UUAUCUAUGGUAUCCAUAUUGAAACUUGAAAGUGGGUGUUAUGGUCGGUUGUAGUAUUAAUGUUUAACAGCUUAAAUUCUUUUCUUUAUUUCAAUCAAUAAUGAAAAAAUAUCUCUUUAUUACUUGAUAAACGUCUACCGUAAAAUGUCAGGAGUACAAAUAUCUACACUUACUAGUAGAACAGAUGUGACGGCCAUAAAUUUUGUACGAGGAUAUAUUUUUGCCGGAAUUGGAAAUUGUUUAUAUAUUACAAACAGAACAAGCAAAUCUGUACAAGUAGUGAAUGCAUUCAAAAAGGAACCUGUCUUUACCAUUAAGUUUUCAUCAAAUGCAGAUAAAGUUUUGGUGUGCGGGUGUAACACGUUUGUUAUCUUUUCUUUUAACCAUAAUAAUGGCUUGUGUAAGAAAUUAACCUCCAAUUUUUAUUAUCCUGAUUGGCUAUUAACAGCAGAAUGGAUAAAUAAUGAUAAUGCCAUUGCUGCAGUUUCUAUGCACAAUAAGCUUGUUAUUUGGAAUUGUCAAGAUUUUGUGAAUGUAUGUGAAAGUGUUUGUGAAGAAAGAUGUAUUUUAUACAGUGCUCAUAUAGCUGGUAAAAGGCUGGGAAAGUUGAUUAUUUUCUCAGGUACAGUUUUCAAUGAGAUACUUAUUUGGAGUCCUAAUGUUAAAAGUAAUGAACUAUGCUUGGUUUUGACAACAUUAAAAGGUCAUCAGGGAGCCAUUUUUUCCAUAGAUUAUAAUCCAUACGUUGGCUUUAUUUGUUCCACAUCAGAUGAUAGAUCAUUGAAAGUGUGGCAAACCAAAAAAUGUGAUUUUUCCACAGGCAUGAUAAAUGUUAAUAGUGUAAAAUUAAAACACACUUUACAUGGCCACUCAUCUAGGGUGUUUAGAUGUAAAAUCCUUGAAAACUUUAUUAUUGCUGCAGGUGAAGACUCUGUAAUAAAUUUGUGGGAUUUUAAUGGGAAAAAUGUGGGAAGAUUCAAAGCCCAAGAUGGAAAUUGCCUUUGGGCAAUAGAUUAUAACGAAGAUGAAAAAGAAAUAAUAGUAGGAGGGAGUGAUGGUGGUGUCACUAUUUUGCCAUUUGAUACAUAUCUUUUCAAUGAUAACGUCCAUUGUAUAUCAAUGUUUAAUCGAGAAAAACCUAUAAAGAUUAAUUACAUGAUAAGUGAUAAUUUAGCUAUAUUAUCAGACAAGGGCUCGUUGUAUUAUUACCACAAGAGGGCUAACAAGUUAAUGCUUGUUGGCACUCAUGAAGAGUUAAUGAAAUAUUCCUUAAUGGAAGUAUCUCAGUGUCGAAGGUUAUUAAGUCUUUGCGGUUUUACGGGUAACAUACACAUUUACAAAGAAAUGGGAUGCGAUUUGGAAUAUGUAUGUUUUCACAAAGUUCCCGAUUUAGGCAGAGUGUUUUCAUUCCAUUGGCUCACAUGUAACACUUUUCUCUGCUGCAGCAGAAACGGUACACUAUCUUUAUGGGAGCUAUACGAUCCCAAUGAAGUUGUAUUACGAUCCGUAUUUAAACUGCCGAAUAGUCAACAAAGAUGUAGCACUGCCGCCACUUUUUGUGGAGAAAACCAUUUAAUUGUCGGAGAUCGGAAAGGAAACGUUCAUCUUUUCAUUUUGGAUCGUUUGUAUCCGGUGCAAACUAUUAAAAAAGCUCACAAUCAUCUGGGAAUCACACACCUGUCGUACAAUAGUAUAAACAGAAAGGUCUUAAGUUUGGGUGCAAAUGGAAUCGUUAAAACAUACGAUUUUGAUAGAAAAUUGUCUCCUACUUGUUCAGAUAAGUUACCCAUGUCUUGGUUAGAAAAGUUAUCUGCUUGUGACGAUUUGCUUUUAAUCUUGUCAUUUCGCGGAGAUAUUUUCACAGUUUGGGAUAUUAAAUCUCGACGUAUCGUUGUGGAAAUUAAAUGCGGCGGAAGACACAGAUCUUGGGACUUCAAGACUUCAUUAAACGACUUGAGAUUUUCUUAUUUAAAGGACAAGACAGUUCUUAUGAAUGAUUAUAAAAAAUCGUCAGUCUUUCCGACCAAAAUUAUUAGCAGUUUUCAUACAAAAGAAAUAAACGCAUGCCAACUGAUAUUAUUCAAAAACCUGGAGAAUUACGUACUCAUUUCAGGUGGUGAAGACACAACCAUAAAAAUAUCCAUUGGUUGUUUUAAAACAGGUUCGCUUGAGACUGUUUCCACUUUAAAGUCUCAUUUGUCAAGCAUUAGAUGCAUUCGUUGCAUAAAACGAAGAAUUUUUGGGGAAACUACGGAAUUCAAUCUUUUUACCGCUGGCGGAAGGGCGCAAAUUAUCGCUUGGACUUUGAGAAUUUCAUCAGAAAACGGAAGAAUCGCACGUAUCGAUUGUAAACAAUUACAUUCUUUUCACGAAACUACCAAAGAAUGGGAAUCGGAGACGCGAAUUAUGGAUUUGUCAGUUUUAAAGAAGAAUGAUGUCGUUUAUUUAAUUGCCGCCUGUUCGGAUGGGUGUUUGCUUAUUUUUUCGAUUAAAAAAAAAAAUCAAAUAAAAUGUAUUCAUCGUGGGUGCCUUUCGAAGUCGAGAUGUAUUACAAAAUUGCUUCACGAAAAAUUUUUAGAAACCGACAUGCUUAUAUGUACGUUAACAAGUGGUCAUGUUAUGUUUGUCGAUUUAAGAAACAUUCUCAACGAAUCAGAGUCAGAAGAAUUAAAACAAACCGAGUAUUUCCCGUUUAAAACAUUUAAACUACAUCAGAAUGCUGUUAAUAGUAUUGUUUUAAGAAAAAUGGGCGAAAAACGUUUGUUGCUUGUGACGGGAGGUGACGAUAAUAUGAUAAAUGCAAGUCUUCUACAAGUUUCAGGUAAAGAUAAUGAUUAUAAAAUUGACUUCGAUGUUAUUAUGAGUUGUAACGAUAAUACUGCACAUUGUGCACAAAUUACUGGUUUGUGUUUAUCAGAUAAUCGCCUGUUUAGUGUAUCUGUAGAUCAACGAUUUAUCAUGUACAACGUAAAAAUUGACGGAAACAAAUUACACCUGAAAACUAGCGACCGUUUUUUUAUUUCCGUACCAGAUAUACAAGGAAUGGAAUUUUAUAAAAGUAAUGAGACUAGUUAUGCAUUAUGUUUCGGUCGGGGCAUUGAAAUGUUAAAAAUCAGAUCUUGAUUAAAUAACUAUCUCACAUUCAUUUUUAUACAAAGUAAACGUUGCUUUUCCUAUACUGUAAUACUAAUGAACAAACAAACAAGAUUGUAUACCAUGUGUAAAAGAAAUAUACGCAAGUUUAUUAAUUUA